CAUUGUGACCAUGACUUCAAAAAACAACGGUUUCGUGUCCAAGCAACCAAAAAAUUCGGCUGUGGAGCCAAAAUAAAAAUGCGUGAGGUGAUGAAGUUCCCACAAUUAUCUAUUCCGGUAUGUUUGCCCUAUUGUCUAUUCACUAUGACUGAAACAGAUAAUUGCAUGUUUGAAGGACUGUAAUAAUACUCUCAUUUAUACACUCUCAAGCGACUUAAUAUCGAUCGAGAGUUGCUAUAUGUUAUCACAAACCCUAUUAUAUAAACACUGCAGAAUACAGAAUCUGAACCAAUGGUAUUUAUUACUUGUAAUUAUUUUAAUUUCAGAUUGAAAAUGAUUCAAGAAAAAGGCGUAAUGUGGCAGCAGCAAAAUUGAAAGAAGCGUUGAAAGAAGAUGCUAACAGUGGAGAAAGGAAGAUUUACUUAUAUUUGCCUGGUGCAACAGACCAUACUACGCAUUUAAAUGGAGAGGUAAAUGUGAUGUGCAUUUUCACUUAGUGGAUUCAUUUAGUAUGAAAUUAUGAACCAGUACUGCUUUUCAAGGCCUAGAUCGAUGGUUUUACACAUCCUAGGAUGCAUUGAAGUUACUCCAUAUCCAUAGGCAGCCCAAAAUUGCGUGGUGUUCGUCUCUUUUAUGAAAAAAAGAGAGCGAGCAUGAAAGAUUUUCACAUGUGAGCUUUCAAAACAUUUCAAAGCUCUCCGUGAGACUCUGACUUUCACAAAAGAAAUGAACACCACUCAUUUUUGGGCAGCUAUGAUAACCCAACAAAAAUGGAAGUAUUCUAUAUACAUUUAACAUUUUUAAGCACAUUAAUCCUGACAUUUCACUCACACAUUUAACUCACUUACAGUAUGUUCGUUUCUAAUGUAAAUAGAUAUUACCAGUUAUUUUGAUUACAUGUUAUAAAUCCAUUUCAUUUAUCCAAACAAUAAAAUGUCACAUCUCUUGUUUUCUUUAAAGGCAACUGGAAUAUCUCAGCCAGUCGACGAGAGAAUAGUACAGAAAAUUCGUAGUCUGGUUGGUGAGGGUGUCAAUAAUGUAAGAGAAAUGGGCAGACAUGUUCGACAGUUUGUUAAAAAUGAAUUGUUUAAUGGACAGCAACUUCCACUCUGCACAAACAGGAGAUUCCAUCCGAAGAUGGUGGACAUUAGAAAUCAUAUGUAUCUGGCCACGGUAGAAAACCGCUUUUCCAAAUUUGAUCAGGAGAAUGUCUCCGCUAAAACUGACAAGUGGGAAAAGGAAAAUCCUGAAGACAAAUUAUUUUACAGGCCUUACCAAGACGGGGCCAUUACGUUAUCAACAGCCGUCACAUCCGACGAAAGCAAGGAAAUUGAUGUGAUUGAAAGUCAGGAGGAAAUUGACAUUGAAACACAGGAGGAAACUGACGUUGAAACACAGGAAAUAAAUCUCGGAAAGUCAUUGUUAUUCGUUCACCAGACUGCAUGGCAGAGACGCUUGCUUGCUAAGUAUGGAAAUGACCUUUGCCUUUUGGACGCAACGUACAAAACCACACGAUUUGCUGUUCCGCUUUUUUUACUGGUUGUAAAGACUAACGUUGAUUACCAGGUUGUUGGUUCUUUUGUAACGCAAGGGGAAUCGAAAGAUUGCGUCUUGGAAGGAUUGAAAGUGCUUUCAAACUGGAACCCAAACUGGAAACCAGCUUUGCUUUAUGACAGAUUUCAGCGAGGCAGAGAUCAAUGCUAUCGAAGAAAUAUUCCCAGGUAAUGUUGAACAAACUGAACACAAAUUACACAACAGUCAGAGACUUUACGAUUCCACCAUACUCUACAGGGUGUAGAAAAAAAAACUGAACAGAUUUGAAAUUCCUCUCAAUUUCGCAAAAUACCUAUUUGUAUCCGGUUUUUUAUAUAUAUAGCUUCUUUGGGUACUUGUGAUGUAGAAUAAUGAAAAAAAUUUCUCAAACUCAAAUUUUGUGAACCAGGGGGGUGUCUUUUCCAGCAAAUGAAAAAGGGCUUGCGCACAAAAUUUAAAAGCUGCAAUCAUAUUUUGAGUUAACAGAUGGAAAAUUUGUCGGGUUUUUAAUUACUGUACAAAAUUUCAGACAAUUUGGUUUAGUUUAAGCCCCUUAACUAUUCACGCAAAGUUACAUUUUUUCCUAAAAAUCAGCUAUUUGCAUGCUUAAUUAAUGCAUUUGCCUAAUUUGCAUAUGUCAGCAAUAUGCAAAUUAUGUAAAGGCAUUAAUUAAGCAUGCGAAAGGCUGAUAUUUUAGAAUAAAAUGAGUAGUUAAAGGUCUGAUGAAUAGUUAAAGGUCUCUGAAUUUUGUACAGUAAUUAAAACCUCAACAAAUUUUCCAUCUAUUAACUCGAAAUAUAAUUACGACUUUUAAAUUUUGUGCGCGAGCCAUUUUUAGUUUGUUGGAAAAGACACCCCCCCCUGGUUCACAAAAUUUGAGUUUGAGAAAUUUUUUUCAUUAUCAGUCUACAUUAUAAGUAUCCAAAGACGCUAUAUAUAUAAAAAACCGGAUACAAAUAGGUGUUUUUCGAAAUUGAGAGCAAUUUCAAAUCUGUUCAGUUUUUUUUAUACACCCUGUAUAGUACGUUUAUCAUACAGCAUAUUGAAUAUCAUACAACCUACAUAACUUUGGAACUUGCGUACUGUUCUUCGUGACAAAACAGCUAAGUGUAUUGACUAAGACGGCAAUAGGUUGUCUUUUGCAUAACAUUAACAUUAACAACAAAAUUAGAACCUCAAUGUUCAUGCAAAAAUGCUUGUAUACAGCAAAACUGUCACAAUAACAAAUGACUUAACAAUACACCCUUCCGGAAAUCACGUCAUUUGGCUAUAUUGGAUUUAACAAAUCUCACAUACACGAAAAUGAGGCUCUGUAGCCAAAUGACAUAAUUUCUGGAGGAGUGUAUUAUAACACCCUGUCCCUUUACUUCUAGAUUGCAUCGUUUACCUUUGUGACUUCCAUCGAGAGCAAGCCUGGGAAAGAUGGGUAAGCAAGUCAGCCAAUGACGUCUACAGCCAUAAGGAAACGUUAUUAAAAGCAUUGAGGAAAGUGGCUCAUGCUGGAACAGAACAAGCUUACAAUUCCGCCAUGAAUGAUCUACAACAAUUAGAGGUAAAACAUAAUGAGAAACAAAAUGUAGUAUAAUUAUGUGUAUGCCUAUACAGUGACAUGUGCAGUACAGUAUAUGUGCAAUGGCAAUGUGACAACAAGUAUUUAAAUUAUUGUUAUCAAUUACUGCAUUGUACUUGUUGCAGAUAUGGAAAACUGAUGGAAAAUUGCAAAGAUGGUUCACAAGAACUUGGUUGUCAGAAUGCAAGGUAAUGUAUUGGUAUAUAAAGUAUAUAAAAUAUUAAGUAAUUUACCUACUAAAUACAAUGAUAUAGGUCUAUUGUCUAUCGUGGUUAAUUUUUAUACUGUCUUUAUCGUGGUAAACCUAAUUUUUAUACAAUGUAUACUACUUUCAGUUGUAAAUCAUGGAGCUCCUAAUUGAGUGAUAAAGUCUGUGGGCAUUUAUUUAUCUGCCACUUGUGACACAAUUCGUAAAAAAUAAAUAAAACUAAAUCUUUGACAGCGUUGGGUGUGGUUCUAUCGUAAAUCUGAUGAAAGUGUGUUCAUUCAUACAAACAAUGGAGUAGAAAGACAGAAUAAGGACUUUAAGUACAGUUUCUUGUCUACACAUCGAGAUAAAACACUCAGUGGUAUGCUUACUUCCCUCGUAGAAGAAUUCCUUCCAGACAAAUACAGUAGGUACGGUACAUUUGAAAGUACAAUUUAGAAUUAAUUAUUCGCCUAAAUUUCACUUAUCUUAGACCGCAUACAUACUGUAUGCUGUAGUGGUGCAAGUUUCUCGGUACAAAAUAUAGGCUGGGGUAAGGGUGGCCGGACAUUUUGCUGAAAGACACUUUGCCGAAAGACACUUUGCCGAAAGACAUUUUGCCGAAUGGACAUUUUGCCGAACGGACAUUUUGCCGAAUGGACGUUUUGCCGAACGGACAUUUUACCGAACGGACAAAAUAGAGAUAUCUUCUGAACUUUGUUGGUUCGCUUACACGAUCAAAAUUUCUGUGAUUAGAGUCAUUGUCGAUUUUGAUGACAGAAACUUUGAUAGUGAAGUAUAUAGUUUCGUUUUAUAUUCUUUCAAGUUUUUGACAAGUUUACCGAAAUUUCGCGAUAUAAAGAAUAACAUCAUUCAACAUCAUUGAUGAAUGCGAUUUCCCAGAGAAUUGCAUGUGAAUGUACAGUAUUCCAUGAUUAUCGAAGUGAAAUUCGCCUACGUCGUUGUCUUUGUAUAUGCUUGUUUGUUUACGACCUCAUGUCAAAACACGCUCCUAGCAAAUGAGUCAUCCGCUGCACAAACAAGCUACCAAUAGUCAACAUGGUUAUGUACUGCUAAUAACCCAUUAUGCACUGCUAAUGACCAAAGUUGAGAAAUGAGGCACAGUCCCAAACAUUUUGAUGAAAUAGCAUCUCUAUUUUCGGCAAGUUUGUCCGUUCGGCAAAACGUCCGUUCGGCAAAACGUCCGUCGGCAAAAUGUCCGUUCGGCAAAAUGUCUUUCGGCAAAAUGUCAAGGUACUGGGGUAAGUCUGGGUAUAUUUAUAUCAGUUGCAUGGAAAUGAAGUUCAAAACAAAAAACAAUUUCACAGUGUGUUGCAUAAACAUGUAGUACACUGUUCGGGUAAGAAACGUCUUGCAAAUUCCAAAAUUAGUCCAGUUGGCACUCCACUGAACACCGCAAGGUUAGAUUUCUAGGGUACAAGAGGAAAUACCUCGACAAUCACAGCUUGUACUGCCAAACUUGCAAUUUACUUAUAUAGCAUUUGCUAUAAAAUUACAGGUACAUCGAAAAAAAUGUUCGCUGUCAUGAGAACUACAGGCGGUAUAAUUCCUUAAUACCAAAAUAUCUCCUGAAUCGACCAAGAAGUUUUGUUAAACACUGCAUGUCAAAAAUAACUGAGGCAGAAGAUAUUCCUGCUUCGUCUGUGGAAUAUGUCAAGGAAGAUAUGGGAAUUUUUAAAGUACAAGGAGGACCUAGCACCUGCUACAUGGUUAAUUUUGGUCUUACGACUGGAGUUACACCAAGUUGUGAAUGCCUGCCCUGGAUGAAAUGAAGGCUGUUAUGCAAGCACUUCUUUGCAGUUUUUAGACACUGUCCCAACUGGGGAUUUGAUAAAAUUUCAUCACACUAUACAAAUCAAGCACAUAUAACCCUAGACGAACACGUUGUUACAGUCGCAAGAAAUAACAGAGCAAGCGAGGAUUGCCCUUUAACCCCAGCUUCAACUACAUGUAAGGAAGAGAAUGACAAUAUCCUACCUUCACCCAACCCAUGCACAAGUCCAACUCCUUCUGAAACAUCACCUGCAACGGAUGUAUUAAAACCUACACAGCUUAUCCAGAGUAGCUUAAAUACCAUUGCACGACAAUGCAGAGAAACUUUGCUUGAUGCCAAGAACUUGACAUAUUUAAUUCACGAUCCAGAGAUCCUUCGAGCUUUUAAUACAUCUCUGAGUGAGGUAGUAACAGUAAUGAAGUCAAAAAUCCCUGUUGAUCAUGGGCUGCUCCUGGAAAAGCAGAAAACCGCAAAAGAAAAGAGGAUAGCAAAGUUACGUUUGAAAAAGAAGAAGGACAGUAGUUCGCAUCACCUAUCCAACCUACCUAAACAGCAAAAAAAGACACAUCCUUACUCUCAACGUGUAGGAGCAAAAGCGGAAAUGAUGAAAAAAAUGUUCCAGGUAAAAUUAUAUAUAGGGACAUUAAAAUUGAUGGCAUGGGAUCAUUGACCUGAUCAGGUUGACUGUAUAACGUCAAAGGAAAUUCCCUAAAGGAUGUAGAUUAUCACACACGUGGCCAAACUUAUUUUUAUAUAAUCAUUUUAAACAGACUUUAAACAUUCUUGAUUAUUUAUCUUAGGUAAAUGUUGAAAUAAAAGAAGAAGGUGCAGUAAAGCCAGCCUGCCCUUUGAAAAGGAAAGGUCACCCCAAUAUGACUGAGGAGAGGAAGGCCAAGAGAAAAUGUCCAACAGACAGAAGUAAGGUGAGAAAAUGGGUCGCAUAAUUAGCAAUUAUUUAACAAUUUCCUAGAGCUGCUGGAUAAAUCGUUCUAAUUCGACAUGAAUUACCAAUACAGUAGGUAAUUCCAGCAUAAGUGGUAAAUUCAACAGUGGUAAAUGCCAGACAGUGAAUUACUGUACUGUACAUGUUAAUCAGAAACUUGGAGAGCGUAUUACAAAUCACACAGACUAUAUUACUCUGCUUAAUUUACAUUCUAGGUGGUUCCAAGCACAAAUCUCGCCAAAGUAGAUGGAAAACAAAAACUUGUGAAUGAAGUGUGAGUAAAUAUUCUUGUAAAUAGCAGAAAAUCAGAAACACAUGUACAUCGCCACUUGCAGUACAUGAUGUACUUACUUAUUUGACUUUUCACUUUACAGAACAGCAUUUGAGUGCAUUUUAAAGGCUCGAACAACAGAAAACCUUAAUAAAAUCCUACUUACGUAUGGACCAGUGCCAGUGACAUUAGGGAAUCUCUGCACCAUAGUCCCACCACAUCGUCUGAAAAAGAAGGAUAAAGCCGAGAUAAAAAAACAAUUGCCAAAGUUUGUUGCAGGAUGGUUGAGUGAUAUGGUAUGGUGUUGUAGUUACAGUGUAAUCAAUUCUAUACCAUUAACGUAUUGCAUGAGAGUAUAAAUAGCUAUACUGUAAUAAAAAUGUUCAAGUGGCAAAACCAAAACUAUUGCUGUACUGUUCAGGGCCGUAACUAGACGCGAUAAUUGGGAGGGGGGGUGAAUAUUCAUAUAAUCAUGUUCACAUACCGUAAAAACAAUCGCUUUCAAAAGAAAUCCGUCGGGCAGAACACAAGUAUACUCCACCCCCCAUUUAUCGCUCUAGUUAUGGCCCAGAUACUGUUCUGAAGUACAGUACUACUCAAAAUCCAUAACUUCAGCCUCUAUAUGUACAAAACUGUUUACAUGAAUAUUAAUAAGCAGAUUUCAUUGAAUGUGUACUUUGAAGAAAAGCGGCCAAAAUUACGUUUGUAACAGAUGAAGAUGUAAAUUUUUCAAUAUCAUCAGCUGCCUACCUAAAUUUAUUUGGUUUCUCUGUGUUAUUCCAGAUAAUAGAAGCAGAACUUCAUAGACUGGAAAAAGAGCAUCCAGACUGCAUUUCAGCUAACACAAGCGUUGAACAACUUGCAGUGCACGAGGUUAAAAACACAAAAAGACUUUGGAUGAAUGUGGACUUUGCAACCAUAAAGAAGAUCUUUGUGCCAAUGAAUCCCUCGGGUUGUCACUGGAAUCUCUUGGUAUAAAGUUGGACUUUCCAACAUCACUUUUGCAUUACAUAACCAAUGUCCAGUCCUAUUGUUCAACUCUACUGUUUAGCCAUCAGCAAUAAAACUAAGAUAAACACAUAAAGCACAUAAAGUUAUAAAGAUUACAUUUGAAACAUCUGUCACCAGAUUAAGGUUUACAGUAAGCAUUAUAGAUUUAAAACAACACAGUGCAAAUUUGGAGACUUACAAGAAUAGCAUAAUUAGCAUUAGCAUUUUCUUGAAAAACUACAUAUGAAAAAGUUCAAAUGUUUAGGUUUUGGAUGAAUCAAACAAAACCAGAAAUUAUUUUGAUCCAAUGAAUGGACAGAAAGAGGAAGAUCUUACUGAGAUGCCAAAACAUGCUUGGUUAAAGUAUAUGAUUGAUAAAAUAUGGUUAGUACUGUCAUAAGAGAUACACUAUUAAUUAAUUACAUGCAGAUUAUAAAAUCUCCAGUUGGAACAAAGCCCUGGGAUAUGUUACAUCUUGAAUCUUUAGUACAACUGAUUUGUUCAGUUUUUAAGUGACAAUUUCUGCAUAAUUAUAUAUAUUUACAAUUAUAGUGAUCUUGUUGACAAAAAGACAGGUUGGAAUACCAAUACAUGGCCGGGCAUAGAACCACAACACUAUUCACAGAAAGAUGGAUAUAACUGUGGGAUAAUGGUUUGUGUGGUAAGUUAACUGGUAAGAAGAUUUAUGAGAAGCUAAGCUUCUUUCUUAUAAUUCUUAUUUGUAAUAAGGAAAACGCACUAAGAUAGACUCAAACCCACAACAAUUUACAUUCAAUUUAUUUGCAAUGAUUCUUGUAGCUACUGUACAAUGACUUGUCUUCAGUGCAAAUCAUCGUAAAGUAUGGUACAGUACAUGCUACUGUAUAAUCACACAGCAUAUAGGUAUUAAUAACAAAGUACAAAUUUUACCAUCUGCUUUAAUUUUACACCAACAGUUUGCUGAGCGACUAAUUGAGGGGAAAGAUCUCACAAAACCCAUUAACUGCACACAAGAGAGAGUGAGGAUUGCAUCUGAAUUAUUCAAACAUUACAAAACAUCCAUCUGCAAGUAAAGGUAAAGUAUCAAAAGACUACCAUCAAAGUUAAUGUAAAUUAAUUAAAUGCAGAAUGAGCCUCUUACUCUCUUAGAGAUCUAGUACAAGGAAAGUAUUGGGAUAUAUAAUAGACUGGAUUGUGUCUGAUAUUGUAAGGAGGCAGUUACUAUUCAAAAAAUUAUGGGAAAUUAAAUUUAAAAAUUGAUAAUGAAAAGUUUAUCUAUCACAUAUUGUCAUCAGUAGACCUAUACUGGAUUAUAAACAAUUUUCUUUGUUUUUUUUUGUUUAGGAAGAAAGGAACUCAAGACAAUAAAUUUAAAGUGCCUAUGUCAUGA